AGGAGGUCACCGCGCGGCGGCCGAGAGCGAGCCGGCAUCGGCGAACGACAUGGCUUCCCGGUUCGAGAUGCGUCCGGCGCUUCGUCCGCAAAACAUCGCCGUCGUCCGCGCUGAAGAGGAGAGCUCAGCUGCACUCGCUGCCGAAUACACUCAGCGAAUCUACUGCAGAGGGUAGCGGACGACACCCCUGGCGUGUCGAUUCGGGAAGGCAGAAAGUACUUGAGCGGGCACUGUAGCAGACGACGCGAAUCCUUGGAGGAUCAAACAACGCCAUGACGCUCGGCGAGUUCGUUCUCGUGUUGCUCGAAUUCGUGCUCCUGAACGUGCAGUGCCUGUGGAUCGCGCUGCGCGGGAUGGUUCACUGGCCAGCGUCGGCGCCACCGAAGUCGGUUGCCGAAAAGGUCGUCUUGAUUACGGGAUCCGGGCAUGGCGUUGGCCGAGAACUGGCGCUCCGCUUCGCCCGUCUGGGCGCCCGCGUCGUCCUCGUCGACAUACACAAGGAGAACAACCAGUCGGUAGCGGACGAGAUCAAGCUUGAGGUGGGCGUGUCGGCGCACGCCUACCAGUGUGACGUCUCCGACGAAAGCCAGGUGCGUGAGCUUGCGCGCCGGGUGACCCAAGAGGUGGGGCCCGUCUCCAUCUUGGUGAACAAUGCCGCCGUCACUCAGUGCCAACCGCUGCUCACGCUCAGGCCCGAGCAGAUACGCCGCACACUCGACGUCAACCUGCUCUCGCACUUCUGGAUGAUACAGGAGUUCCUGCCUGGCAUGCUAGUACAGAAGGAAGGACACAUUGUCGCCAUGUCCUCCAUAGCCGGCUACGUGGGCACUGGCUACCUCACAGAUUACUGCGCAUCAAAGUUUGCGGUUCGGGGUCUGAUGUGUGCUCUGGACGAAGAACUCUACCAGCUGGGCCUGCUUGACAAGAUCAAGCUGACAACAGUCUGUCCCAUGGCCAUCAAUACCGGCAUGUUCAAGGAGCCGAAAUCAAGAUUUCCGUGGUUGGCUCCCAUCCUGGAGACAAAGGUCGUCGCUGACCGGACAUUGGACGCUAUUCUUCGAGAAGAGCUCGAAGUGGUCAUCCCGCACAGGAUUCUCAUUAUGCACCGGCUCAUGUUUUUGUUCCCGGCAAAAGCGAUGAAGCUGAUGCAGCGGUUCAUGGGUUGCACCGUUGAGCCACACGGGAGCGCUGCGUCAACCAAUGUCGCGACGUCGGCAUUCGGCUGAAGAGGCGUCUUCCGGCUCGUGCUGAGUGCGUGCAAGAGGAGAGAGACCGGCGUACCAUUUCGUUCUUGUUGUUUGAAGUUUUGUGUUGUGUGUUCGCUCGCUCGCAGCGCUCACUUGAUAUGAACUCUCGAUACGCUAGUCCAAUGGCGUUCGUUCUAGGACUGCUUGGACGAGCGGCGUCAAAACGGGUCCUGCAUGCAGGCAAGAACAAGGCAGUUGCGUUCCACGGAGUGUCUGAACUCUUGUCAGCUAUGAAACGAUCGGUGACUUUGCCAGAACCAAUAAAUUCCGGCUGUUUUAUAAGU